UUGGAAUUAUAAAAAAAAAAGACUUACGAAAUAUUUGUAUACAUAUAUGUUUUUGUUCUAUUUGUAAAAACUUACUUUACUUAACUUUUUCUAAAAAAUGAUAGUUUUUAAGAAAUUGUGCACGAUUUAUUAACACAAAAGGCCUUGGAUAUCAUAUUUUCGAAUGCUGAAAAAAGCUGUUUUAUUAUUCAUCACAAAAUAAAAUCAACUAAUUUUUGCUUAUAUAAAAAAUUAUAAGUAAAAUUUUGAUUGAUUUCGAGUCAGGCUAUUAAAUAUUUUGUGCCAAAAGUAAACCAUAUGUGAAAUUAAUCUUUUUACACAAAAUUUAAAAUAUACAUACAAAAACAAUUAGAUAAAUAAUAUAUUAACUAUUAGGAUUCAUUAGUUUUAUGAAAACUAGUCAAAAAAAAUUUUAAAACAUUAAAAAAUUAAAAAAAAACAUAGAAAAAAGACAGAAUAAACAAGUAGGUUAUAUAUCAUAUGUAUCCGAAUUACUUUUUAAACUAAUAUCCAAACGACGACGAUCACGACGAAAAUAUUGUGUUACAAUUAAUAAAAAACAGAUUGAGAAAUGGAUAUAAAGGCUGAUUUUGAAAAAUAAAAUAACAUUGGGUAAAAAUCGAAUCAUUGGUAAAAACACAACAUUCUUAAAAACAAUUUAGCAUUUAUGAGAGCAAUUAACGUUUAAAAAUUUAUUUUGUUUUUCUUUUUUCGCAACAAAGGGUUAAUAUUUUUGAAUUUCAUUUAUUUAUUCUUAUAAUAAGGAUAAGCAGCAAUUUAUCUUCUUAUAUAUUUACAAAUUCAAUGAUUUUAGGCAAAUAAUGUUCUGAAAAAUAAAAAAUAUUUAGAAAAUAUUCAAACUUCCUUUUUCUAAUUAAUACUAGAUUCCUAAAUCUCAUAAAAAUAAGAAUAAAGACAACUAUAAAAACUAGAAUGGGAAAUUCCAAUUCUUGUUGCGCUUAUUCCAGUCCACAACCGGAACGUAAAGUAAAAGAAGUUCCUGUAUUUGAAGAACGUCUACCAGAUCGUGAUCACUCCACAAAUAAUUUACAGCAUAUAUCUGAACGGGAAACUGUUGAUGGAUAUACUGAUGCUGAUCCAUCUGCAGAUCCAACUACUGGAACAAUGUUUUUAGAACGUUCCAAAUUAGAAAAUGGUAUUACACGAAAACGUUCGCAUCAUCAAAUAGCAAAUCAACAGUCAAUUUCAUCAAACAGUAUGACAUAUAGUUCAACUGCAGGUAAUUUAAAGAAAAGUUCUUCAUGUUCAACCAUUUAUUUAGACGAUAGUACCGUAUCUCAACCUAAUUUACGCAACACAGUUAAAUGUGUAUCUUUGGCGAUUUAUUAUCAUAUAAAAAAUCGACAAUCUGAACGUCGUUUAGAUAUAUUUGAUGAAAAAUUACAUCCAUUAACUCAUGAUCCAGUACCAGAUGAUUAUGAUAUGCAUAAUCCAGAACAUCGUCAAAUAUAUAAAUUUGUUCGUACGUUAUUUAAUGCUGCACAAUUAACAGCUGAAUGUGCUAUUAUAACACUAGUCUACUUAGAACGUUUAUUAACAUAUGCUGAAUUAGAUAUUGCACCUUGUAAUUGGAAACGUAUCAUAUUAGGUGCGAUAUUAUUAGCCAGUAAAGUAUGGGAUGAUCAAGCUGUGUGGAAUGUUGAUUAUUGUCAAAUAUUAAAAGAUAUUACUGUUGAAGAUAUGAAUGAACUGGAACGAGAAUUUUUGGAGUUGUUACAAUUUAAUAUUAAUGUACCGUCAUCGGUUUAUGCCAAAUAUUAUUUUGAUUUAAGAACAUUAGCUGAAGCAAAUGAUUUAUUAUUUCCAACUGAACCGCUGUCCAAAGAACGUGCACAAAAAUUAGAAGCAAUGUCACGUGUUAUGCAAGAUAAAUUUACACAGGAGGCAUUGAAAAAUGGUAUGAAAAAAUGGUCAUCUAUGGAUAAUAUAAGCCAAGGUGGUCCAAGAAGAAGUGUUGCUAUACUUUCGUGAUUUCAUAAUUUUAUAAAUAAUAUAAAAACAUAUUUUUAUAAAGUUAUUUUUCUUGUGUAAUAUUAUUUAAGUUUACAUAUUUUAACAAUAACUAUCAUUAUUAUUAUUAUUUAUAAGUAAAUAAUAGAAAAUAUUUGAAUUAAAUUAAAAAACAGAAAAAAAAACAAAAUAUUAGAAUAUCAAUUUAAAGGAAUUUAUCAUAAAACUAAAAUCAUUCAAUUUUCUUCCUAUGAAUACAGGUUUUACCAUCUUCUUUUUGGUAAUUUUGAUAAAUAUACACAGAUAUUUUUCUUUUUGUAUAUGCUUAUAAUUUAUAAGUAACGUUAUUAUAAAAAUUAAUUGCAAACAAAGUUUUCAAAACAGCAUUUCGAAAUUAUUUAAUAUUUAAUUUAAUAUGUUGAUCCAAAAAACACUAUAAAAUUAUUUUUUAACCAAAAUUUUACUGAAACUUAGAUAGUUUUAUGUCUGAAAUAGUCCCGUCAGCCUAAAAAAGGUUGAUAAUAUUCCAUAAAGUUUUUGUAAUAUUAAUGCAACUCAGUAAUAGGUAUUUGAAAAAUUUGAAGCGAUUAUAAUUUAAAUAUUUUUAAUAUCGAGUGAAUAAAUUAUUUCAUAAAAAAUAGUUCAGUGUAAUUGGACUGAGUCAUUCAAAAUUAAGAAACUCAAUUGGAUAACGAAUAAAGAAAUUUCUUACACAAAAAAAUAUUUUGUCACAACUUGCAAGAAACUUUAUAUUUUGCCACACAUUCUAGCACUCUGUCAUUAUUUUACUCUAUAUUAAGAUAGAAUUCUUAAAUUUCAUAAAAAUAUAUUUUUCAAAAUUAUUUCCAAUGUAAUUUCUUCUAUUGAAUAGAAUACUAAAGGUAAUAAAAAACUAAAGGUUUAAUUAUCCAGAUUGAGUUCUACGCUUCUUGCAACAAAAUGUAUACAAAAAUUUUUUUGUAGGAAUUCGUAGAUAGAAUGGUUGAUUAAAAAAUGUGAUUAAAAACACCAACAAAUGUGCUUAAAAAGACUUAAAACUUUUUAUUGUCUUAAUUUUGUAAUAUAUUAUUUAACAGAUGUCAAUAAACAAAUACAUAAAUUAUAUUAAAAUUCAUAAUUGUAAAUUCUGACUGACAACUUCAUUCACUCCCUAACUUAUUUGUAAUUAAUUUAAUUAAGAUGUCUACAAUGACUACUUAAAAUUAACUUUUAUAAAUAUUUGCAAUUAAAAUUCGAUUAGAAGGGUAUUUUUUUAAUAAAUUUUUUACUGCAUAAAUUCAAAAUUCGAAGGUCUUAAACAAAUAGUUUAGGAGCUAAUAAAUAUUUAAAAAAGUUUUUCCUUAACAAAUUUAAUUUGAUCUUUGUGUAUUUUUAUAUUUAUUAAGAAAUUAUUUUUUAACCCUAAUUUUUUGUUAUUCUUUCACCUCACAUUUUUCCAUUUAUAUAAAAAAAAUUUAGCCGAAAAAAAACAUAUUUCGUUUGUUUUUCUAUUUUCAAUCUCAAUUAAUUUUUAGAUUUAAAACAUAAAUUAAAGGAAAAGUAGAAUAUCAGCGAACAAAAUAAAAAACUUUAAAAAUAGUGAUUGAUUAAAUAUUUUACAUAGUAAUUUAGAACAAGUAGUACUUUAUCUACCUAUCUAGUAUUCAUAAAAACAAAAAUAAAAUAAAUAGAAUUAUACGAAAAUAAUUAUGCAAUAAUAAUUAAUAACGAAACAGAAUAUUUAUUUUUUAAAUGAAUUUAUUUUUUUUAACUCUUAACUGAAAAGUAUAUUUUUAU